CAGCGAGCGAUAGUCAGUGUUGGUGCCGGCAUGUCAGUGGACUGCUACGAACCGAGUUGUUUACGUUUGUGUGUCAACUUUUAGGUUUUAUAAGUGAAAAGGUUUUCCCAGAUUGACAUUGCAAGAUGGAGGAGGGCAGCAGUCUGUUGUUUGACAAUGUGGUGUUCGUGGGUUUGAUCCUGAUGUCGGUCAGUGUCGCCCUGUGGUCCAGGUUCUCCGGACCCAAGGAGAGAACGAAGGCAGACUACGUGUUUGCUGCCAGUAACUCUGUCUCUGUAGGCAUGAUGAUGUUCUCCAUCGCAAGAGGUUUCCUUGGAGUCAGGGUGUUUUUAGGUUAUCCAUCUGAAUUGUUCUACAGAGGGACAGCCAUGUGGGAAACACUUUACGGAAUGAUAAUUGCGUUUCCUAUUGUCUGCUUCUUCUUUGUUCCUGUAUACUACAGUCUUGGAAUUACUUCUGUGUACCAGUAUCUUGACAUGAGGUAUAAGUCCAAGCUGGUGCGGAUGCUUGCUUCAGCCACUUACGUGUUCCGCAGUUUGCUAAACCUCGGAGUCACUGUGUUUACGCCCUGCGUCGCCCUCAAGACCAUAUUCGGCUUCCCCUAUUCUGCCUCAAUCUGGGGGAUCGUUUCAUUCUCGUUCAUCUUUACUCUCAUUGGAGGCCUGAGAACAGCCAUUAUCGCAGACAUUGUCCAGCUGUGUGUGAUGAUCGGGUGUGCGAUGACCAUCAUACUGCAAGGCACCAUCAAAGCAGGAGGUAUCUCCAAGGUGAUUGAGAUCAACAGUGACAAUGGCCGUUUUGACUUCUUUAAUUGGAGCUUGGACCCCACAAUCCGAGUCGACACGUCAUCUGCCAUCCUAGGUCAGCUGUUUAUGUCCCUCUCUAUCUUCGGGUGUCAGCAGAACUUUGUGCAAAGAUAUUGUAGUAUGGAGACUCAGGGAAAAGUCACCAAAACACUGCUAGGCAACAUCCCCGUGAUGACCUUCCUCUUCAGCAUCAACUGGAUUGUUGGGAUGUGUGUGUUCGCCAACUACGCAGACUGCGAUCCUCGUAAGCUCGGUUACAUCUCAGACAUUGACGAGAUCCUUCCGUUCUACGUAGAAGACAAGUUCUACUUCCUUCCCGGCUUCCUCGGUUUGGUUAUGGCUAGCUUGUUCAACGGAGCAUUAAGUUUUAUGGUUUCAAAUCUUAAUUCACUCUCCACCGUUUUGUGGGAAGACUUUUUUGCCCAGAUUCCAAUGUUCCAAGGAUUCAAGGACAAGAAACAAGUGUACAUCAUCAAAAUAUUGGGUGGUAUUUGUGGGCUGCUGAUUGUUGGAGUGGCGUACAUCGUGGCUCACAUGGCCGGAGUGAUUGAGGCUGCUAUGAUGAUGACAUCAGCAACCUCUGGACCGCUACUUGGAGUCUUUAUCAUGGCGCUCUUCUUGCCAGCCAGCAACUGGAAGGGAGCUGCAGUGGGGAUGGUAGUGAGUCAUGUCGUAGUGUUGUGGGUGGCCAUCAAUUCUCUCAUGCUGCCCGACGACGUCAAGCCUCCUAUACCCAUGCUGCCUACCACAACCGAGGGAUGUAACAAUGCUACGUUCUCCUCACACAUAGACCCUCCCAUCUGGCUGGUACUGCGAAACCAGUCCUACUUCCCUACGGAGGAGAGCUAUUGGGAGACCAGUGAUGCGGAGGGAGGACCCGAGGUGCACCCUACCAAUCAAGAUGUUGAUGUGAUGACAUAUCUGUACCAGAUGACCUACAUGUACUAUGCUGUGUUUGGAACUGUCAUCACAGUAGUGCUUGGUAUGCUCAUCAGCUAUAUAACAGCGUCCGAUGAUGACCAAUACGACGAGACUUUGAUUCACCCUAUGGCACUCAAGAUCAGUAACAUGUUCCCUGGCAAGAGACGAUGUUUCAUCACGUCAGUACACGCAAACUCAGUGAACACCAGCAAUGUAACUACCAUCAGUGACAAGGUGCCGGAGAAAUACUCAGGGGCGAACAGCGAAAACCUAUGAGACUCCCUCGGAGAUCCUCUCAAACUCAGCUGUGAUAUACGUUCUUAAUACACGUCCAUUAACGUUAGUUUAGCAUUUAGCAUUUCCAGGUCUGAACAGUGACUUAAGGUAGUGAAUCUUUACUGGUGUACAUAGUGUAAGGUGAGAAAAUUGUGAACUGAUACAUUUUUAUAAAUGAUGCUCGAUUAUUUCUCUAGUGUAUAUAUUCUUCUUACUAAACAUUAGACAGACAUUGUAUGCAAAGUUGAAAUCCAGCACCUACUUCUUAGGGCAUAUUGUGAUAUUCCAGAGUCUAAAAAUGUACAAUUGCUUAUUCAGACAAGUUUACUGUUCUAAUUUUGGAUACAGUUCCGCAGAGAACCUAUUAUAUAUUAUCAGAAGAUAUAUUACAGUAGACUCCCUCUUAUCCGGACUCCUCGGGACAGAGGCCAGGCCGGAUAACGGUUUUUCCGGUUAAACUGACAUCCCCAGAAUCUCGUUAAAACGGACCGUUUAAAUGCAUACUCUAUACAGUAUUUGACUUAAAAUUAGGAGAGCAUUGUAUUUAGACACAUAAUCACUGGUGUCAAAUCUUUCCCACGAGAACAGUGAUUUCAGUACCGCCCAUUUCCUGCCGAUCUAGUCCGGUUAAACCAAUGUGCUGAUAAAAAUUAUCCGGAUAAAGAGAUGUCACUUCUACCGAGUGUAGUCCAGAUUAACCGAUGGUCGGUUAAAAAGUGUCCGGAUAAGAGGGAGUCUACUGUAGUUUGAUAUAAAAAUUCUGAUCAAAAUACUUCAAUUGGUAAAAAUCUGUAAAUAUUAAUUUUCUUUUAUGGGGCUUUGGAAGUAGAGUACAACCAGCCACCUUUUUACAGUGUGCCGUGCCGUUUAGGUUAGGUUAUGUUGGUUCGGUAGGCUAUAUGACAUUUAUGAAAAAAGAAAGAGGAAUGCAAACAAACAAAUCUCUUCAACAAGUUACACAAAAUAUCAGCUUUUAUUUACCUUGUUUAUUAUCAUCAUCAUAAACUAAACUAAGCCAAACUGAACAAAACUAACCCAACCGCCGCAGCACAGUGUGAAAAAAGUCUUAUGGAAAAACAUUCAAUCAAUAUCUAUAUAGUGAGAAGACUACAUCUGAAACGAUAUAAAUAUCAAACUUAUCUUUCAUCCAAAAAUAUAUCAUAGGUUCUAUGCGGAACUGAACUGAUGAAUACAAAUCCUUUAAGAAGUGAAAGCUUAUGGAGAAAAGUCAGACUGGAAUUUUGGCGCCGAAAUGAGCUUUGCGUGGCCAGGAAACUAUCCAAAAUUCAAAUAUAUCCCGACUGAAUUUUGAACAAAGACAUUGCGCUUGUUAAAGGGUUUGUAUUCUUUGACGGUACCCCAAAUUUUAAGACUUACUUUGAUCCUACAACUAGAAUUGUUGCUUUUGAAGAUAGAUGAAAGAUUCUUCCUUUUUUAUAUGUUAUAUUUAAGGAGACACGGGCCUAUACUGGUCAAAAGGUUUACCUUAUGUUUGAAUUGAAAUAAAAUUUUAAAAAUUAAGAUUAGGACCCGUUUUUACUGUUUUACUUAUAUGAAACAGCAGAAUUUGAAGGUUUUUUUUUAAAUAAUGAGUAAUGAAUUACUGAAUCUCAUAAUUGAAUACACGAAUGUCUCAUUGAAUAAAUAAAUGUAAAUAAAUUAAUAAAUAAUUUAAAUACCAUCAAAUUUUAAUUAAAUAUACAUUUAUGAUUCUGUAAUAUAAAAUACACAAUAAGAUGUCUAGGGGCUGAGAUACUGUACAUAUGUUUUUGUAAAUUUUAUGUCUAAGUGAUGCAUGAUAUUGAUUUUUUGUUGUUUGUCAUGACAUACAAAGUUUGUUGAUAUUUGUAAUGCAUGCUUAUCUACAAAUCAUAUUAUGUUAAAGUGGUGCUUUAGAAGUUUAAGAGUUCAAAUGACUAUCUGAAAAAGGACUGCAUACUUUUAAGAAGUUAGUUUUUAUUUAGUUUUGGAUGGAAAUGAAGAAGUGGUGCUUAUCUGACUAAAAUAAGUUUUGAGAAACUCAGUUAAUAUGUGUUAAUAUUGCGCCAUUUUCAGUAUACUCUUACAAAAGGUAAUGUGUGUUGUAAUGUAAAUAAUUGUGGUCGUCUAGUAAUUUUUGAAUUUAUUUAGUGUGACUUUGUGGGUAUUUGAUCUGUGCAACGGGAUUAAAAAAACUUUACAUGUAUACUUUUCCUAUCAAUGGGUUCCAGGUCUUAAUUGGAGUUAAUAAACUUUGAGAGAGCAAUUAGGAAUUUAAAUGUAAAUAUUACCUUGCUAGUGUCUAAACAUAGUAAUAACUCAUUUAUGUAAAUAAACAUAGGCCUACCAAAAUAUUGUAUAGUAAUAAAAAAGUUUGUUGUUUAGUGUGGAUGAAAUCCUGGUUUACAGUAUUAUUAAGUCAAUAAAAAGUAAUCAUAUAAAAUAUUAUAAAAAUUAAAAAAAAAAAUUGUCUUGUUUGAAUCAUAAAAUUUGGGCGACUCAAAAAUAUAAAAUACAAGGCGAAUAUACCGGACAUUCAAUGCAUUUUGUUCCUCAUAGAAGACACAGAGCAAAGGAGUUACUUGCCAUUUAGUUUUAAGUAAAUGUAUUUUUUUUAGUUUUAGGUUUGUUAAUUUCUGAUAGCAUUAGGUAUUGUCAUUAUUUUUAGAAUAUGUAAAGACAUUUUGAAUAAAAAAUAAUAUUUAUUUAGUAAA